UGUCGCUUUUUUUUUCGCUCGUUUUCUCAGAGAUCAAACAACAAAUCCCCAAUCCAACGCUCUCACUCCUUACUCCUUCACUCCUUCACUCUGUAUUCUGAUGGACAUUGGCGCACGAUUGAGACGGGAGGUGUUUGCUCCCAACGAGCGCCUGAUUGCAUGGCUGCGCGUCAUGAAGCCGGCCAAGCGGCUCGACCGGCUGUCAGUGGGCCUGUCUGGCAAGGGCGGACGGCUGCACAAGGCGCGGAUUGCUGCGAUUGCGAUGCGCGACGACUCAGUCCCAGUGCUCGUCGUCGUCAAGCAGAAGACGCUCAAGGAUGGCAGCGGCAGUGGCAGUGGCAGUGGCAGUGGCGGCAGUGGCGGCAGUGGUGGCGGUCCUGAGAGCGGAAAGGUCUUCUCGCGCAUCAAGGGCAACAAGAGCAAGCGCGCGGCUGCGAUGCAGGCUGCUGCGGCUGCGGCUGCACAUACGUCCACACUGGGCGCGGGAACGGACGACGACGGCGGCGACGCGGACGAGGACGAGGCGAACAACAACGCAGCGUUGGCUGCAACGGGCUCCGCUGCUGGGACUGCCGGCUCGGCUGCGAACGCCACAAGGCUCAAGAAGUCAAAGGAGUUCAUGCUGCGCGAUCUCCGAAUCAUCGACGGCAGGGCGGAGGGCAUCGAUGCGCGGGAAUUCUCGCUCCAGUUUGACGGCACUGGUCGUUUGAAGGACAAGGACCGCGACGACGAUGCUGCUGCUGCAGGACUCGGUGCAAUGCACUCGGCUGCCAGUGUUGGAAGCACCGGCUCGAGCGGCACGCCGAAUUCGAGCACGAUCGUCAUGACGAGCUCGGGCAGCAAGACUGUGCUCAAGUACACUGCCGAAACGGCGGACGAGCGCAACGCCUUCAUUGGCGUCGUCUGGCGCUUGUGCAAGAGCUACCUGGCUGCCAAGCCACAGCUCAAGAACGUCACCAAGCAGCAGGUCUCGAGCACGGCUGGCUGGGACCACAUUGGCCUCGACAACCCGUCCACCAUCAGUUUCCUGGCGCUCAGUCCCGACCAAGCCGCCGGUGCGAUGGCGCGGCGCGGUAUCGGUGCGCCUGGCUCCCGCAAGCGCAACGGCCCGUCCGCCAGUGAGGAAGGGGCAGGGGACGCCGAAGGGGAUGAUGCGGCUGCGGUCGCGCUUGACUUGCUCAACGACGAUCUGAUGUUUGAGUCGGCUGGAGCGAAUGCGGACGAUCGCGAACUCAACGAGCAGGAGGAACGUGACAUGGAGUCGUUCUUGUCAGCGUACGAGACGGCUGUGGCAGAUGCCGAGGGCUUCAUGGACAAGCUCCAGCACGAGCUCCACGGCUUGGACUCGGCCAACAUUCAUGCGCUGCUCUCCUCCGAAAUGCAAAUCGACCUGCUCGUGGGCCACUUUGACCGCGCGCAGACCGAGCUCGACCGGCUCGAGUCAUUCAUUGACAAGUAUGACGGCGUGGUCGACAAGCUGCGCCAAAAUGUCGAAGCCAUGGAGGCCAAACAUGGCUUUGUCCGCGUGCAGACUGAAAACUACCGCAGCAUCCAGUCGCGCGUUGAAGGCAUCGUCGACGAACUGGACGUCGACCCGUCCGUGCUGAGCGUGCUCGAAACGGGCGACUUGGCCAUGGCUGGUGACUUGCGCAAGGCCAUCACUGCGUCUGCCCGAUUGCGCCGAAUCUUUGAUCAGGAGGGCGCCCUGAAUGGUCUCACCAAUAUGACCGCAGUCAAGCAGCGGCGAAAGUACUUUGCCGUGCUGAGGCAAAAGUUUGUCGAGCGACUGGCUCAGUUCAUGGAGCGCAUGUAUGCCCAAAAGUCGUUCGAGCCAGUCCUCCCGAGUAUGGUGGCAGCACUUGGGAUCGAGGCAUCCCGGACAUUGCAGCAGUACCAGGUCAACCAGCUCCAGCUUCCCGUGGCAGCACCCAGUAUCGUGAGUAGCACCGGGGCUGCCAGCGCACCGGCUCCACCAUUUGCCCCAACGGCCUCGGCUCCCAUGGCAAGGAACCACUCGAAUCGCCACAGCAACAUGCUCAUGUACACUCCGCUGCUCAAGUGGCUCCGGGCUACAGAUUCGGCACAGUUUGAGGCGCUGACGCGUAGCUACAUGCAAGUGGUCGGGCGCAUUUACAAGGAUGACGGCAAGGCGGUCUUUGAGCAACUCCGGCACGCAGCGCAAGCCGGUGCCAAGGGCGCAGCAGGAAAGUUCUCCUUCAAAGUACACGUGCAGACUUCCGGAGGACCUCUGUUGACGACCACGAGUUCUACAGCAGAUGCGCGCGACGGCGAGGAGGUGCUCAUCCCAAUGAUGCCUGGAUCAAGUGCCAAGGAGCGCAUUCGCUUUGACCAAGCCUUCGAUCGCGCGCUGGCCUUGGUGGUGCCCCUUGUCUUGGCCGAGCAGGCGUUCGUUUUCGAGUUUUUCGAUCUCAAGGACAAACCUGCGCAGUCAUCCGCAAUGGCCGGUCUGCUGAGUGUUCCUGAGGGUCACUCGAGCGGCAACAAGCGGCUCAGCAUCUCUGAUGUCGACGCUUCUUCGCCUCUCGCGGACAACAGUUCCAGCACCAGCACUGGCAGCGCUGGCAGCAGUCCUGCUGCCACGUCUCUCCGUGCACCAAGCAAGUCACACAAGCGCACUGGUUCGACCGCUUCCGUGCGUUCUGCCGAGGAGACCAGCCGCAUGGUUGUCGACUCGCAUCACGAAACGCACCCGCGAAUCACCUCGAUUCUCGUCGAAACGCAAGGGUGGCUCGAAGGCGAGCUGCAGUCGCUUCUGGACUUGGGCAACCGCCUCGAGCAUUUCAACACGUUGAUUGUGAUGGUCAAAGUCGACAGUUGCCUUGAAGAGCACGCCGGCAAGAGUAAUUUCUUGACUGCAUUGCUCACGAGGAUUUUCCAGCUGGCGCGUCGCGAGUUUGACAAGUUUAUUGACGAGCAAAAGCGACACAUUGAAGAUGCCAAGACCACCAAGAAGGCCAAACCAGGUGUUUUGCCAUUUGUUCUCAAAUUCACGGACUUUGUGUCAACAAUGCAAUUGCUGGUUGAAGGCUGGAAAAAGGCGUCGUCAGUCGAUCCGGCGUUUGUCGCCAUUGCCGAGGCUGUCUUUGAUGGCAUUGAACGCAUUGCCUCUGACUGCAAGCACGGCGAUGUUGUUCGCUUCGAAAACUAUCAUGGAAUCUUCCAGCAAAUGUCACUGAAGCGGGUUGCAUGCAUCGAGCCCUUCCGCAAGCAAGCGCAGCAAGAGUACAAGCACAACAUUGACGGCUAUGUCACCAGCAUUCUUGGUUCGCCGUUAGAGAAGCUGAGUAAAUUCUUUGAAGGAGUUCAAAAGGGAAUUGACGGAGGCAUUCGAGAAGAUGAAAUUGGCUUCCAAGUCAAGUACUCAAAGCAAGAGUUGAAAAAGAUUAUCAAGGAAUAUCCUGGCAAAGAGGUCAAGAAAGGUCUCGAGCACAUUUAUCAAAAGGUGCAAAAGCACCUGUCCGAGGAAGCCUCUCUGCUCCAGGUCGUGUGGCGUUCCGUCCAAGAGCAAUUCCUCGCACAGUACAAGUCGUUCGAGGAUCUGAUUCGGCGGUGCUAUCCAGGCUCGCAAAUUACCCUCGAGUUUAACAUUUCCGACCUCUUGUCGUACUUUUCAGAGCUUUCCCGAUCGCAGUAGUCGUGAAUUUCCUUCAACUUUGUGGGAGAAUGCGAGCAGACAGUAUAAUACAGUAUAUUCUACAAACCAAGA